AUGAAGAGCCGCAAAAGGUGGCGCCUUAUAGAUGCAUAUCAUGAAACUAAUUGUAUUGUGGAAGAAUCAAUUAAGAAAACCUCCCAAAUGCAAAUUGAUUCUAAUGAAGCAUACACUUUUGAUUUGGAUGGCCACUAUCAUAAUAUAAAGGGCCAUAACAAUGUUUAUAAUUCGCAAAAUAAUGGACAGAAAAGUGUUAUUAAAUCGCAAAAUACAUGCAAAAUCUCUAAAAAAGCUGGAAAAUGUUCCUUUGAAAUGACAAAAAUUAAAAAGAUGGCUAAGAAUAUUUUGGCCAGAAAAAAUUUUAAUUCUACUGCACUAGAUAACAAUUUAUCAUCCAAUUUACACACGGAUAGCUUAUCCAAUGUAUCCACUAGCACCAAUUACACUGGUGAUGUUACAAAUGGAGAUAAUAAAUAUAAAAAUACAAGCAUAUUUAAUGAAGACGGCGAAAAUAGUUGUUUGGGAAUAAAAAAAACAAGCUGUAAUGCAGUUGAAUCCAAGUUAAUUUUACCUUCCAGCGGUCAAAGCUACAAUCCUUCGACCGAGGAUCAUCACAAGCAAAUACUAAUCACCGCAUCACAAAUUGAGUUUGAGAAGCGUGACAAGCAUGAGCUAGAUCCGGAAAAUUAUUUAAAGCCUUUGACAGCUAAACUAAAGGAGUCAUUGCCACAUUUAGAUAUUGAUAGUUUAAACUUCAAAACGAAACAAAGGCUCAUGUUUAUACUAUCCCAAAAUGACUUGCCAAAUAAGACAGAUAUGAUAAAUGAGUGUAUUUUCAAUGAUGGAAUGGAAAGCAAUGGUUUAAUCGAUCCUGUAAUACCUGCAAUGCCUAGAUCUAGGCGCUCAUUGAAAAGGAAAACCCAAGCUGAUAAGAACAAGAAGGAGAGAUCCAAAAUGAUUGAAUGGGAUGCUAAAGAGAAGAAAAGAAUUAAAAAAUUAAAUAGAGAUAUAGAUCAAUUGGAUGAUAUUAUCAAACAAUGCAAUAAGGAAAAUGAAAUUAAUGAGGACAAGAGGAGGAGAAGACAGCUAAUUAAAAGUGUUUCAUUGGCUAUGAAAAGGAAAGGGUUGGUAAAGAUAAAACACUCAAAUAAGAGGUACUGGCCUCAAUCAGUCAAGGAUAUAGCAUUGAGUGAUGAAUUGGUUUCGUGUUUGAGACACAUAAAACCAGUGCCUGGAGUUAAAACGGUGCAUAACCAACUGAUUGAGAAAGGAUUGAUUAAUUUGCCUCCUGAAAUUGACAAACAGUAUGAAUCACGCGUCAAAUAUGACCAGUUUAUCAAGGAAAAUGCCAGCAAAAUGUUAGACAGGGCUCGCGAUUUUGUCAAUGAUGUUAAAGACACUAGGAUGACUGGAUUGGUUGAGAUUGAGAAUGUUGAGUGCGAGAAGCAAAUAACUUCUUUAUUGUAA